AAAGAAUCCAGUCCAACUAGGCAUGAUGAUUCUUGAUACCAACUUGGAGGCUCAGUAGCUUAUUGCGAUCCGUAAAUCUAAUCUGUCCAGCUUCAACCAUGGGACUCGUUACAAAUGAUUGGAAAACUGACUUGUUGAUAGCAACAUCCUCUGUGUGCAUUUUAAUUUAUUGCAUGAUUAGGAACAUAUAUUCAUUCUUCGAAAAGAGAAACAUCAAAUAUGUAAAACCUAAAUUUUUGCUUGGAAGCGAACCGGAUGGAGUAUUGUUUAAGAUACACAUCACCGAAAGUUGGGAAAGAAUUUAUAAAAAACUAGAACAUGAAAAAUAUGGAGGAUUUUUCCAUGCAAUACUUCCAACGCUUAUGAUCCGAGAUCCAGAAUACAUCGAAGAUAUCCUAAAGACCUCUUUUGACCAUUUUGUCGACAGGAGUUUUCUGGUGGACGUGAAAACGAACCCUCUCGAUGAAAACCUCUUUUUUAUGAGAGGGAACAAAUGGAAAUAUCUGAGAUGUAAGAUGGCUUCUCUUUUCAGCCAGAUUAAGCUGAAGUGGAUGUACGAAGAAAUAGAAAAAUGUUCAAAUACUUUCGAUGAAUGUCUUUCUGAAUUUGCAGAUGGAAAGGAUGCAGACAUCAAAGAUCUAUUGGCGAGAUUCGUUACAGACGUGGUUGCAUCCUGUGGAUUCGGAGUUGAACCUCAAGCCUUAAAAAAUCCUGACUGGAUAUUUCGAGAUAUUGGAAGAGAAAUUGUUGAUCCUGAAAGUAUAAACAUGCCUAUAUUUCUUUUGCGGUUUUCAAUACCACGUUUAUUGAUCUGGUUUAAGAUCAAAACAUUAACGAAAAAACUAAGAAAUUUUUUCCUAUCGACAACAAAAAGAAUUUUGCAUCAUAGACGAAGUACAGGAAUUAUACGAAAAGAUUUUGUCCAAUUAUUUCUUGAACUGAAAGAAAAAGGAACAGUUGGGAUAGAUUCUAGAAAUAUAGAUACAAAUAAAACGAAUACAGAAUCUAACAAUGAGAUAAUAGAGUUGACAGAUAACUUAUUAGCUGCAAACUCAUUUUUAUUUUUCUUGGCUGGAUUUGAAACUACUUCUACUACACUAUAUUACACAUAUUAUUUCCUGGCAAAACAUCAGGAAAUACAAGAGAGAGCAAGAAAAGAGGUACAAGAGGUUAAAGCAAAAUACGGACAUUUUACAUUUGAUUCCUUAAAGGAGCUAAAAUUCUUGAUUAAUUGUAUUUCAGAGACAAUGAGAAUAUAUCCACCAAUAGCUGUGGUAAUCAGAGAAUGUACAAAGGAUUAUAACUUACUUGAUGGAACACUCAUUGAUAAAGGAAUGAGAAUUAUAGUGCCUAUUAUGUCGAUACAUCGUGACCCUAAAAAUUUUGCAGAACCUAUGGAAUAUAAACCUGAAAGGUUUGAAAAUCCACCAGCCAGUGGAACCUAUUUGCCUUUUGGAGAUGGACCAAGAAUAUGCAUAGGAAAACGAUUUGCUGAAAUUAUUAUGUAUAGUACUUUGGCAAGAACAUUAGAUAAAUACAAGCUCGAAUUAAGUCCUAAGUGUGAUCAUGAAAUCAAGCUGAACCCUAAAGUUAUUUCUACUACUCCUGUUCAUGGACUGUUUUUUAGAAUUCAUAAAUUAAAUGACACUAAUUAGAAAUGUUUAAUUUCAUACAGUAAAAUGUGAUAAAAUGUAGUUCUUUCGAGGGAACUAAGAUUCAAGUCAUAACAAAUUAUUCUUCAAAUAACUUAUCAAGAGCACUAAAUGAUUUAUUCCUGAAAUAUUUUUUCAAAUAAAUUCUGCCUAGGUCUACUAACAUAUAGGUGUACUUUUGGGCCAAAAUAUUACCUAUUACAAACUUAAUUUUUUACUUCAACUAAUCAAUGAUAUGUAACAUUAUGUAACAAAUAACGUAUAAUUCUCUAAAUGUAACUUAGCUCUUAAAUUGAUUCUAGGCAUUUAAAUAUCGAUUAUAAAAACAGAUGCUAAAAAUAUACUAUUUUGCAACAAACAAAAAAAAGUAUAAGAAAAAGUAAUAAAUGAAAAUUAGCUAAACCCAUUUAUAUGAUCUGUUACCUAUUGCCAUCAGCUUAUCAACAAAAGAAUAUAUCUAAACUAUUGUUUUGCAAGAA